UUUUUUUUUACUUUUUUUUAGUUUUAAAAAGUCAAUGAAACAAAUAAAGAGGAAGAAAGUUAAUGAUAACUAUAAAAAGAAGGUGCCUUUUACAUCUGAAGGUAUUCAGCAAUUGAUUACAAAAUUAGGGGAAGUAAAGGAAAGAGAACGAUUGGCAUCGAUAAGAGCUAGAUUGGGCAAAGAAGUAAAACAGAUGAAGACGAAAAUAAAAAAAGGAAAAAAUGACCAACAAGUCGAAACUGCAACAGUCAAACCAGAACUUGCUCCGUCGGAAAUAAAAGAAGAAAAUAAGCAGCAAGUCGAUGUUUCAUCAAUCAAAUCAAAACUUGAUCCAAAAAAUGAUUUUCAACAAGUCAGCACCUCAUCAGGCAAACCAAAACUUGCUCUAGCAGUCAACCCAAAAGUUGAUCCAAAGGACGAUUUUCGAGGCAAAAUAAUAACAGCAAAAUGGGUUUGGUUCAAUGGAUCGUUUCAACAAAAUGUUUUGCUUAAAAUAGAUAAAGAUGGUAAAAUUGAAGAUAUAUUCAAAGAGGGUGAGCUGUUAAUGAUUGAAGAAGAUGCAAUUACUGAUCUUGGAGAAAUGGUUUGUUAA